CGCUGGCCAAUUCACUGUCGUACACAUAACUUGCAACCACAAUCCGCCAUCUUUAAUAUUCCUCCACCGACCACAACAACGAAACAUGUUUUCUCCUGGAUAUUGAUCCUGCUAAAUACCUCAACCAUAUCAGAACAAAACAUCAACAUCAACAUCACCCUCAGAAUGGUUUAAAAAAACGCGACAUUGUCGUUACAACACAACACAUCUCAGAUCACAUCCUUGAUUCAACCAUGGAUCCCGACGAUGCUGCUGUACACUCUUCAGUCACUUACUUCCUUGGCUGUGAAUGAGGAAGUGGUGGAUUUGAAUGGUGUUAGUCCUGCGUGUUGCACGGAUAGCGGACGGAAGGCUAGGCUGGAUGUGGAUCGAAUGGAGAGGGAGAGGUGGAGAUGGAGGAGGGAUUGGUGCUAGUCCUGUACAUCGCACGGAUUUUCGGUCAGAGUCCGCUGGAGAUAGUCAUCGAGUACUAGUUUCUUGUGAGGAUAGGAAGGAAGUAAUUAAGCAGAAGGUUGAACACUUCUAUCGCGCGAGUGGUCAGAUGAAGUUUGAUACAAACAACUUUGAAGUUUCAGCAACUUCGAGCACAUCUAAUAAAGUGACUUUGCAAAUUACCCCGGCUAAUUCGUUGGCUGAUUAUAUGGAAGGAGAUCUUAUUGAUAUGAAGACACUCCUCCGCGCCAUAUCGAUGAUUAUUCUAUAUCUAACAUGGACAAUCAUCAAGCAUCUAAAUUCUUAUUUCUCAAAUAGAACACCUUCCUCACAAUAGAAAGCUUUGCCUCGUCCUAGUCAUGCCCAUCAAACUCCACCUUCAGCUGCCGUAUUCACAUCUAAACCUCCAAACCCCAGCACGAAAUCUUCUUCCAUUACCUUCCUUCCACCAAAGAACGCUUCGACGAUGCAAGUCCGCGCCUGGAUCACAAGCUGGUUUUCCGGUCGCGACAUCUCAUUUGAGGUCCCAUGGGAAGGCGCAGGCAGAUAUGGAUAUUCAACAAUACAUCGAGUGUAUUUUCUGGAGUGGAAAAGAUUUGUAUAACUCUCGGUCUCGUAGUCUGGAGAAUUAUUGAGGAGUUGGAGGGUGUGUGGCUGUGCAAAAUUUAUUGUGGGGGAUAUUGAGAUGGCUAUGUGUAGAGAGGGAGAGGAGGUGGGAGGUGUUUGGGAAGAGACUUGCAGAUUAGAUUUUCUUUGGGGUGUGGUGUUUGUGGUGGUUCGGGGUUGCGUUGGUUGUAUUUUGUUACUUGUUCAUGUGCGAGGUGUUAAUGCUUUUGUUGGU